AGAUUGUUCAAAAGGAAAUUUACAACUUCUGCUAUGGUAAUGGCCAGUUGUGAACGUUGACAGUGAAAAUCAUGCCGAGGUUGCACCACAGGCGAAUGUCCAUAGAAACGGACAAAGUGGCGGUCAACGUCCAUCGGUUAAAACACCGGCGAAUGUCUGUGGAGAGGGAAAAAGUGGAAGUGGAUGUGAAGCAUCUUCAUCCGCGGCGAAAAUCGGUAGAGACGGACAAAGUAGAAAAUGAUCAGCAGCGAUUGAAGCAUCGGCGAAUGUCCGUUGAGACAGAGAACCCAACUUUGCUUGGUUAUCUGCACCGCCGGCGGUGGUCGUGGGAUACUAUACACCACAUUAGUGAUACCCUGCACCUGACCUUGAAGGGCAAGAGACGAGCCACACUGCCUGAGGAGGAUAUAGGAUGUGACGGAGAGGUGGAGGAAUCCCAUCAUGGGAGGUUUCACCACUUUACGAGAUCUGUAUCAAUGACUUUGAGGAAAAAGAAAAUUCCUGUACCUGCACUGGCUAUUGUGGAGUUUGAAAAUGGAAAUGUCAAACUGUUGAGCAGUGAAGAUGGAGGUGGGUUGAGGGACCUCCUGUCACAGGCCAGUAUGGAGUAUCGUAUCAGCAGCUAUCGUAUCAUCAUGGACUCCACCAGGUCCAUCCUCAACUCGGACAGCAGCUGUAGCUCGCCUCCUCUCGACUCUGGCCUGGAAGACGUGUUUGAGGAACUUGCAGAUGGGUUGGAUUAUCCUAAAGCUAUUGAUGCCCGGCAUGAGUUGGUCCAUGAUUUACUGAGGAGUGAGAGAGAGUAUGGAAAAAGACUAAGGAGCAUCUUGGACAUCUAUGCUGAGCCGCUGAGGAAGUUUUCCUCCCUGACUUCAGAGGAUCAUAGAGUGCUGUUUGUAGGGGUGGAGCCCAUCCUAUCCAUCAGUGCCAUGAUCAGUACCAAGCUUGAAGACACCUUGAAGUCUUGGGAUCAGAAUUCCUCACAGAUUGGGAGCCUCUUUAGCACAAAGUUGUGGACAGUUUACGAGGAAUAUUGCAACAACUAUCCCAAAACCAGACAAUUACUAGACAAGAAGUAUACGUCGGACGAUUCAUUCGUGGAUUUCUGUAAUCUGAGACGCGGUUCCUCACCGUACAGUCUUGAUACUCUUCUGCACCUACCUGUUCAGAGAAUCCCAGAUUAUGAGAAAUACCUGAGUGACCUAUUAGAAGACACGGAUCCUCAACAUCCUGACUAUGAGGAUCUCAGCAAGGCGGCCAACAGGGCCAAAACAAUGGUAAGAGAACAUGAGGAUGAACUGGGAACUAACAACGACCAAAUUAAAAUGGAUCGAAUUCAACAGCGUUUCCCUAACGAUGACCUCCAGCUCAGGGACAAUACACCACCAACUUCUCGCAGCCUGUCAGCCCGAAGAAAGUCGGCUCCCGGUGCGGUUCUGUUCAAGACUCUGGGAAAGAACCGAAGUUCCUCUAACCUAUGGUCAAAUAGUUCCAUGGGUAAAAAGGAGAUGGACCUGGUGAAUCCAUUGAGACAUGGAGGAAAUUCUCAAAGACAGUUUAUCUUGGAGGGCCAUGUGGAAUUUGCACAGGGAAUGCAAACACAAGACAGAUACUUGUUUCUCUUCAAUGAUUUGUUAUUGGUGGCCAAACAAAAAUCCAGCACAACAUUCAAACUAAAGCACCGGAUAAGAGUUUGCGAGAUGUGGUUAGCAACAUGUAUCUAUGAUGUUUCCGAGGCAACCUUGCCACCAGAUAAAUCCUUUGUCCUUGGUUGGCCAGUCACCAAUGUUGUGGCGACCUUCAAAUCUGUGGAGCUCAAGGAACUCUGGCUCAACAAACUCAAUGAAACCAUUGAAUUGGAGAAAAUGAAAGAAGCCAAUAAAAAGGUUAAAGUGAAAGUACACAGUAGAGACCUUGAUCAGACAUGCACACUCCAAAUAGACAAUCAUACCACAGCCAAGGAUCUGUUGACACAGUGCAUCAGCAAAUUUCACAUCACGGAAUCGGAGGCCAGCGAAUGCCAACUGUGGGUGAAAACUGGAAAAGAAGAAAGCCCCUACCCCCUUAUUGGACAUGAAUUGCCGCACAGUAUAAAGUUCAGCCAGUUACGAGAUCUCGCUAAAACUGACGACCCCAUGGUGUCAUUGGAUGGAAUGGACCCCGAGGGGGAGGGGAAAACUCCAGAAUUCAUCCUCCAAAACAGGCUAAAGGGAUCCAAGAAACAUUUGAGCUUUGAUGAGAGCAAUAAGGGGAAUAAGUCCAAGAGUAAAAAGUCUCCUUUCAAUUUCUUCAAGAGAGGGAAGGAUGAUAAGAAUAACAACACGACCCCUCCCGGCAAACUGUUUGGACAUCCACUACAGGAUGUCAUGCAAGAUGGGCAACUGCCAAAAGCUGUUAUGGAGUUGAUGAGACUGGUGAUCAUAAAUGGCCCAUACACCAAAGGGGUGUUCAGAAAGUCCUGCAACAUCAAGCUGGCCAAAGAACUUCACCAGAAGCUGGACGAGGGCCAAGAUUGUUUAGAUGAGGAGACCCCAACUCUUGUCAUUGGACACUUACUGAAAGAAUACCUCAGGAGUUUACCACAUUGUCUUCUAUAUGAGGAGUUUUUCGAGGAAUGGAUCAGCCUCACUGAGGAGGAAAACUCCCCACAGAAGCUGGAAAAAGUCAGAAGUCUUCUGAACAAGCUUCCCGAGGGUCACAGAGAGCUUCUGAAGCACUUAUUAUGUGUGCUGUACCACAUCGAUAAGAACCACAAGGAGAACAUGAUGACAUCGUAUAACCUCUCCGUGUGCAUCGCUCCCAGUAUCCUCUGGGCCAAACAAGGGGACGACCCUAUGAGAGCCCUCGCCAUGGCUAAAUCCCCUCAGCAGAUAGUGGAGUACCUCAUCAUGAACUGUGUAGAACUUUUUGGGGAGGACGUGAUUUAUCUUUUUGGGGACUUACUGGAGCACAAGAUUAGGCAGGACUCUAGCACAGAUUCUGAUAGCAUGCACAGCGUGCUCAGCAUGGCUGACUCGGCAAGUGGCAUUAUGCGGCAUGAUGACUCAUCAGUCGAUAGUUUGGAAAGGAUGUACUUUGAUGAUUCCAGUCCGAAUCUCGCAAAGAGUCAUAUUUCUCCCUCUAGUCUUAGUCGAGAUUCAGGACUGUACAGUUCACAAGAAAAUCUGGACAAUGCUGCUAAAAGUCGUGUGAAUACAACUCUUGUCAAAUCAAGGAGUGGCUGUCACCUGUACUUUGAAGACGAACAUGUGAGUUAUCCAGCUGAGAUAACAGGUCCGAUGACUAGAUUAUCUCGAGAACGCGAGAACAGACUUCAGAGACAAAAAUCUGUGGCUGAAAGCACCCCACCCACCUCACCUCAGUCAAAAUUCUCAUACAGUUCAUUAGACAGUUCUCUCACGGACUCCAUGAGUUCGUAUUUGAACAGACAAUACAGCAAAGACACAGACAAUAGUGAUCAGUGGUUUACAGCAGACGAGAGCUUCCGGGAGUCAUUUGAAUCUGCUCGUGAGUUUAAAGACGAUUCUUCAAUAAAUUUCCAAAGGUCAAACAGUCUGACCAUGCCAAUGCCAAAAUCAAUACAGAAUGUUCAGUACUUAGUGUCACCACCUGUUUCACCUCGGAGCAAGAGAAAAUCAACAAGUCUGGAUUUACAUUUGAACUUGUCCCAAGCCAAAUCAUUUCCAUUACCUCGCUCUUCUUUCUCACAAGAUAAACUUUCUGAUUCUACGUCAUCGCGUUACGGACAAAGUGCUAUGGAUUUGUCACAUUCAAGUAGUCCUCUUAAACAGCUUUCUAAAUAUGCUACCCCAGGGUUGGGGACAUCCCCUCCCCCACAUGUUGUGCUACAGCAACAUAAAUCAGUGCAAAAACCAGCAGCAAACACACCAAUGCGUGCCAGUUAUGAUAGUGCUAUUAUCUCUCAGUUUGAGAAAGACACCUUUAAAACAGAGGCACAUGUUACAAAGCAUGUACCCACACCAAAAAGUGAUAGUGACAGUGAUGUAACCUUGACAAACAAUUCAGAUAGUCCCGCUGUGUCAAGGCCUGAGAAACCACCUUCUUAUGACGAGGCUGUCAGAAGGAAAAAUAUGAUUGAAAAAGGACUUCCUUUGGAAAUUUCUGAACAAGACAUUCAAAUGGAAAAAGAGAGACAAAAGCGAGCCAAGAGUUUGUAUGAGGAAUCGAUUCGUAAAUUAAAUGCACAGGAAUCUACACCCAGGAGACCCUCCUUGGAUGAGUCGACAACCUCUGAAAGUGGAAGUGAAAGUACAGAGGAGGAUGUGUAUGUGUCUUUGUCUCAGAAAAAUCCCAAGCAACUUUAUGAGGAAUCUAUGAAAUUGUUUGAAGAACAAUCUCAGAGACCUCAUUUCGAGAACAAAAACAUUUCAAAUGUGAGUGCAACCAAUAUACAGAGAAGUUCUAGUGACUCUGCAGAGUAUGUGAACAAAGUGAGUGUGGUCUCUCGUCACAGAGAGCCCUCCCCCAACUAUCGGGUUCAUUCAACGCAUAGAGACUCCUCUCCUUCCACCACAAGGUUGAGUCAUUCCUCAUCUAGUGUGUCAAAUAGUUCAUCAGAGACAGUCACUGACUCACGACAAAACUCACCAAAUCAACGAGACCGUUCUGAGUCGAGCCCCGUUAUACCCCGCCAUCAUUUCCCAAAGACAAAUCCUUUAACAUUUAAAGCCAACUAUGGUUCAUUAGAUAGUGCUCAAUCAUCAUCUUCCCUUCAUACAGAACAAAAAGUGAACAAUCCUCCUGUUUCUAGAGGUAGUAGUGCAAAAAGAUCCCCACAAAAAGAACUUGGUGUAAAAUCCAUCCCUAAACCUGAAUUAAGUGUUCAUAAUCCAAGCUCACAAGGAAGUAAUCUAAUUCGGGAGAAGCGAAUGGUUAAAUCACAUGACUUUGUUGAUAGUCAAAGAGCCAGUUCACCAAGGACAGAGUCCCAGGAGUCGCCAAGAAGGAACCUGACAGUGCUAUCUAAAUCACGAGACUCUACUGUCAUAGCCAACCACCGAGAUCUGUAUGCAAGGUCCAGCACAGCUCAAAAUCGUCUAUCUGCCAGUUUGGACAUGGUCAAUAGAGACAGUGACAAAUCACAGAGAAAACAAGAUCUUCCCUGGAGUGUGAAAUCUUUGAAACAAAUCUAUGACAAAGAUGGAGCUAAACCAUUUAGUGACAAUGUCAAGGACACUGGUGUUCGUCCCCCACCCCCUCCCUACCAACCUCCCCCACCAUUUCGCCGACCAGACACCUCAAGAUUGAGUAUGUCCAGUCAGAGUAGUGUAGGGAGUGGGAGCACGGGGAGGAGCACCCCACCCACCAAAAGUUUACCAUCCCACCGACGGUUGGGGGGCCCUCAGGCCUUCAGUUACCGCACUGAGGAGGAUCCUGAUAUCUCAUAUGUGUAAAUAUCACAAACUUAAUCAAAAUUCAUGUCACUUGUUUCACUGCCAUGCAGUUCAUAUGUUUACAAAUGAUUGUCAGAAAUAGGCAGCUUUUGUGUUGUAACAGGUGUCAUGCAGGGAGAUCCUUAAAGUGCUUUGCUAUUAAUAUUAAAUUGACAGAAUUAAACUGUGAUGUUUUAGGUCCGCAGUGUUUAAGAAAACUGGCUGUGGUUAUGAAUUCAGGGAGUUUCUGAGAUAAGGCAAUACUGUUAUUAAGGUCAUUUUUUCUAUAUGUUUAUUGUCAUGUACUGAUGAUGAUAUUAAGUUUUCGACAUAAAGAACUAUUCAUUUACUUAAAUGAAAUACUCUGAACAAGAAAUUUGUAAAUAGUUGUCACUUAUACCAAAUUACCUCAAAAAUCUUAAGCUUGUUAUAAUCAAUAUCUGUGUUAUUUCCUCUGUGUCACUUGCUUAUAAUUAUUAUAAACAUUGUUAUGCUUGCAAUAACUCAACACUGAUCAAGUGUUCAAAGGGGAAUAAUUCAUGAGAGAGUGGUGCGUGUGAAAAUCCUGUAAAUACAACUGUAAUUGUACAUAGUGUAUUCUUGCCUAUCAUAAGGGAAGAAUGUCAACGAAUAUUUAUUUUUAUUUUGUAUAAAAUUCUCCAGUUGAAUGUACAUUGUUUAAAACCAAGUGCCAAUAAUCAUUUUGUAAAUAUGUAAAUAUCUUGUAGAAUACUGGUGCUUUAACUCUAUGCAACAUCAAACAGCAUUUAUCAAUCAUUGUGUGGUGUUAACCUCCCUUUGUUGGUUGGAGUUGUCUUUCCCUUUAUAGGGUUUAAUGUGCCACUUGCAUUCUUUUUCAAAGAGAAAGUACAAUCUGAACAGCUAUUCUGAUUAGGAACUAACAGUUGCAGCAAUUUCAAUAAAAAAGAUUGCAGCAGAACAAAUAUCGAUUUUAACAAAAAUUCCAAUUUUUUUUUUAUAUUUUCUUAAUUUUUAUAAACUUGUCCUCAGAGUACCAGUAGUGAAUGUCCUGUUGUCAUAGCAACAUGCAAUAUAAAUGUUUUAUGUACCUCAUAUAAUGUGGGAUACUUCACUCAGUGUCCCAUUUAUUAUUAAUAUGAACAAUUAAAAUAUACUAAAAAUUAA